UUUUUCUCAAUAAAUUUCAACUAACAUUACAGCUUUAAAAUCUUUAAACAACCACCCACUAUUAUUAAAAAACUACACAAAAUUUCAACUUACAGUGAGUUUACUUCAAUGGCGACUCUGUAUAAUCUUUCGUUAAUCAUCAAGAAUCCAUCAAAUGAAGAUGAAUUUCUACUUGUUAAACAAAACCCACCUGCUAAAUUCAACGAUCCUGAAUAUGAUUCUUUUUCCGAUUCCCCUUUAUGGGAUUUGCCUUCUUCACCAUUGUUACCUCUUGAUUCUCCUUCAGAUAAUCAAUUUUCCAUACAAGUCCCUGAAUCUUGCUCAGAUGAGGUUGAUUUAAGUAAAUUUGAUCUUAAUUCAGCGAUUCAUAAGGUUCUAGAGCAAGUGGAAUUAGAUGAUAUCCCAGUUGAGUGGAAAUUCAUGAAGUAUGUACAGGAGCCUGAAUUUGGACCAGGAUUGCCAGUAAAGACGGUCUACAUCAUUGGAACUUUGGGUCCUAAAAAUGGAAAAUUAAAGGAUGUUGAGUUCUGCAAGUGGAUGACCACUGAAGGAUGCAUUAGUAUGCUUGCUGAAGUGAAGCCUUGCAGUGACCGUGUAGGAUCAAUGGUGGUUGUUGGUCUUCUGAAUGAUUCAACAAAAUCUGGGACAUGGAAAAUUCCUCCCACCUUGAAAUGUCAGGAGUAUCCUCUUGGUGUUAAAAUUAUACCAAUGGAAAGUAGAACAGCUAAGCCUUUUCGUACCACAAACUUAAUCGUUUUCCUGCCUGAAGGUAAUGCUAGUGAGUGUGAUGAUGGUUUUAUCGCUCAUGGGGAAGCACUCAUAGUAGACCCAGGAUGCAAGUCUGCUUCAUAUGAACAGCUCAAGGAAAUCAUUGCUGCUUUGCCGAGAAAACUAGUCGUCUUUGUGACACAUCAUCAUAAUGAUCAUGUUGAUGGUCUUUCAGUAGUCCAGAAGUACAGUCCUGAUGCUCGUCUUUUGGCUCAUGAAAAUACGAUUCGUCGAAUUAGAAAAGAUGAUUGGUCUCUCCCAUAUGUUUCAGUUUCUGGAUCUGAGGAAAUUUGCAUUGGCAAUCAGAAAUUAAGAAUUAUCUUAGCACCGGGUCAUACAGAUGGACAUAUGGCACUGCUUCAUGUUAGUACAAACUCGUUGAUCGUAGGGGAUCAUUGUGUGGGCCAAGGAAGUGCUCUCUUAGAUAGCGUGUCUGGUGGAAAUAUGCAGGAUUACUUUCAGACAACAUACAAAUUCAUUGAGCUCUCUCCUCAUGCUUUGAUUCCAAUGCAUGGAAGAACUAAUAUGUGGCCAAAACACAUGCUCUGUGGGUAUCUCAAAAACCGGAGACACAGAGAAUCAACCAUCUUAAUGGCCAUAGAGAAUGGUGCCAAAACAUUGUAUGACAUAGUUGCUUACACUUAUGCCGAUGUUGACCGAAGCCUCUGGUUUUAUGCCUCAUUAAAUGUGAGACUCCACGUGGAUCAUCUAGCAGUCCAGAAUAAAUUACCAAGUGACUUCUCUUUAGAAAAUUUCAAUCGCAGUUGUGCUGAGUUUGCUGGCAUGGUGCAUAAAAUAUAAGGGAACUUUCAGAAAGGAUUUUUCAAUCCAAAAUUUUCAGGCAAGUUGUGGGCUGCGUUUCCUUUUUAGGUGGGUAUUGGAAUACUCAAGUAGUGCAUUCUCAAUAAAGCAUCACACUGUCAGAGUGGCUUUACUAGUCGGUACUGGAGCUGUGGCCAUUGGUUGCUUGGCUGUAUCAUUCUCCAGAAAAAAACAAACUUCUCUCUAGAUGAUGCAUACAAUUCUUGCUCAGGAAGGCAGAAUUCGUCAAGGAAGUUAAUUACCGGCUGGUUCCAGGUCAUCUUCUCUCUCAUUGUACCAGAAGCUCUAGGAGAAGCGUGAAGAUGUUUACAUUUGCUGUUUUUAGUAGAAAAGACUCAUUGAUAGUCUUGUGCACAUAAUUCGCCAUAAUUGUUCUGCAUUUCUGAUAUUUCUUCGUGAUUAAAGAAAGCGAUUGGAUCAAUUAGAAGUGUAAGACAAGAUUAGUGUUAAUUGAUCACACAACUUCUGAGACAGUUAUAAUAGAAACCAUCUUUUGUUUA